AUGGCGGCGGCUCUGUCCGCCCUGGCUGCUAGGCUCUCGCAAUCGGCCGCCGCCAGGUCCUACGGGGUCUUCUGCAAGGGGCUGACCAGGACCCUCCUCAUCUUCUUUGACUUGGCCUGGAAGCUCCGGAUCAACUUCCCCUAUCUCUACAUCGUGGCCUCCAUGAUGCUCAACGUCAGGCUGCAGGUUCAUAUUGAGAUCCAUUGACUUGUGACUUGCUGUGCUUGUCUGUGCUGCAACUAGGGUUAAUAAUAUUCUGUAUUACUGUUUAACAAAAUGCAAAGUUUGAAGGACAGAAGAGCUAUGAUUGUCUCCCAUAUGAAUAUGGAGGAGGAAGACAUUUUAAACCAUGAACAUUUAAGUGAAAGUGGCCCAAAUAGCCAAA